CCUUAGCCUAGUUAAUUGGAUCUGCGUAAUUCCAUUUGGAUGACGUGACGCAAAAAUCGAAAGAGCUUUCCUUUUUUGGUUCUAUAACCUCAAAUUCAAAAGGAUUUCGAGACUUUUGAUGUGAUUUUAACACCAUCUUCUAAGAGCAAAGAAGGAAGAAGAAGAAGAGGAAGGAUUGUUAACCAGUGAGUCAUGGACUUGCCGGGAGUUUCCUCUGUAAAUUUCUGGAGAUCAAGCUCUCUUACCGUUGGAGAGCAACUCUGCGCCGUCUUUAUACCUCUCUUUGCCAUUUUUGAUUUCCUGUUCUCCACCGUGGGACAAUGCUUCGAUUGCCGCAGCCGCCGUUCGCCUCAGAUAUGUCAGCAGGCGAACCUGUCUCUUCUUGCCCUUGAUUCUCCAUUUUCAGUCAACGAGGUUGAAGCAUUGUAUGAGUUAUUCAAGAAACUGAGCUGUUCCAUCAUUGAUGACGGAUUGAUUCACAAGGAAGAGCUUCAGCUGGCGAUUUUCCAAGCUCCGUACGGUGAGAACCUCUUUCUUGAUAGGGUUUUUGAUUUGUUCGAUGAAAAGAAGAAUGGGGUUAUAGAGUUUGAGGAAUUUAUACAUGCGUUGAGUGUGUUUCAUCCCUACGCACCAAUUGAGGAGAAGAUCGACUUUGCGUUUAGGCUAUAUGAUCUAAGACAAACCGGAUUUAUUGAGCAAGAAGAGGUGCAUCAAAUGGUGGUUGCUAUUCUGAUGGAAUCUGAAAUGAUUCUGUCUGAUGAACUUCUGACCAUGAUUAUUGAUAAAACAUUUGCUGAUGCAGAUUCUGACAAAGAUGGUAAAAUAAGCAAGGAGGAAUGGAAAGUGUAUGUGCUUAAGCAUCCCACCCUGUUGAAGAACAUGACUCUUCCUUACCUAAAGGAUGUGACGACAGCAUUCCCAAGUUUUAUAUUCAACACUGAGGUUGAAGACUGAGGCAACAGCGCCCGGUUAUCUCUUUCUGCUUUGAUUCUUACGUAUAUAAAACCAGUUGUAAAUGUGAGGUUGCUGAUCUCCUUUGAUGCACGCAUUGUAGACUGUUCCACUGAAAGUAAAUAAACCAUUUUUUCUAUCUAA